AUAAAAGCUAUAUAAAGGGGCUCAAGUGUGGCUUAAGAGAACAACAACUUCUUUCCUUUGUUUCAAAUAUGGGGAAAAUGGCCUCUCUAGUUGCCACUCUUUUGGUGGUUUUAGUGUCACUUAGCUUUGCUUCUGAAAGCUCUGCAAAUUCUCAUUAUUCAUCUCCUCCUCCACCAGUGCAUGUCUAUCCAUCUCCACCCCACCACCCAGUAUAUAAGUCUCCUCCACCAAACCAUCACCACCCAGUUCUCCACCACCACCAACACCCGUUUACAAGUCACCACCACCAGUGAAUCCAUACCAUCCUUCACCAACACCACACCAUCCUGCACCAGUAUACAAGUCUCCACCACCACCAACUCCGGUUUACAAGUCUCCACCUCCUCCCUACCAUCACUAAGAAACAACAACAUCAAAUCUAAGGAAAAGCAGAAUGUUGAGCUCAAGGAAAGGCAUUUUCCAUUUCGAGAGGCAAUGCCAAAAAGAAGAAAAAAGAGUAAACAAUAAGCCCCACGGGAGGCGAAGUUCUUUUGUAGCUUCAUGUUCUCUAAGUUAUUAGUGAUAUUGUUUGUACUCUAUUUAUAUUUGUAUUUUUACUUUUAUGUCUUUGUGUAUGUUUGCUCAGUUUCAAUCUCCUUGCAAAAUGCAGAGAUUAUGUGAUGAAUAAAAGAAGUUAUUACCACAUA